GGGAUCUGUACCCAAAGAUGCCAAAGCCAUUGGCAGAGGCCAGAGUAAGAUGCUAAGAGGACAUAUAAAAAGACCAAGCUCUGGGCUCUGAGGAAGCUGGAGAACUGAGAGAAGCAGUGGCCCCAAGAGGCCCGGGGACAAGCGGCCAAGUGGAGCUCAGGCCUUGGCUGGCACUGGCCAAAGGCACCCCUGGGAGCUGGCCCACAGACGAAGUGGGGCUGGUGAGAGGGAGCCCCCAGAGACCCCUCCAGGUCCAGAGACAAGCAGAUCCAGGCUGUGCGAGAUGUGCCCCCCAGAGACCCUGGAUAGAAAGAAUAGUGGCCCUCUACCAUCCUCCAGAAGCCUGAGAGUAGCAAACACCCUGUGCGCAUUGGCAGUUGUAUGGGUGCCCAAGAGGGUCCUGCCAAGGCAGCUUUUCCUUCAGCCCAGUCAGGCCUACAUAAGCUUGAGGGUCUUGUCUGUCCCUCCCCUGCACACCCGUUGGUCCCUAAAUUAGGUUUCUCUUCCUGCCACCACCCCACAGUUCCCUGCCUCCCCCUACAGAUAGAGCACUGGGCAUGGGCAGCCCAGCUGGUGCAGCAGGUCUCAUGAGCCUUCCCAGCCACCGUAGUCUUGGUGCCCUGAGAGGAAGACUGAGUGAUGGCUUCCAACACCAACGAUGGUGAGGAUGAGCCCUGUUGCUAUAGCAACUUCCCAGGCACUCUGCCCCUCAAGCCAGGGAAGGGCUGCAGUGGGGUCUAGAGAACAGGUGGAGAGGAAGAGUCUGUGGACCCCUGGCUGGCCCUGCAAACCCUCCCUUACUAACAACCCCGAGCUUGCGGGCCUGGGGAAAAGCGGAGGUAUGGGUGGCCCCAUCCAGAGACAAGGUCCACCCAGAGUGGGGGUCCAGCUUGGACCACGGUGGUGGGAUGGUCCAGACCAGGGUUGGGCUGAGCUCAGAAUGGGACUUGGUUCAACUCAUGGUGGAGUCCAGGACAUAGUGGAUGGUUCAGUACAGGAUGGAGGCUCAUCCGACUGGGGAGUGAUCCCCCCCGGUCCAGAAUAGGGGUCUAGUUCAGAAUAGCAAUUGGUCCAGUCCAGUGUUGGGGUCCAAGCUGGAUUGGAGAAAUCAGCCAGCCCAAAGAAGGGGUCCCAACCCAGGCAGGGCAUCCAUCCCUGCCCCAGAAUUCCCAGGACAAACAGGUUUGGGAGGGCAGAGUGUGCUGUGAUGGUUGUCUGGGGAGUCUGAGGCUGGGCUCCUGCCUCCUGCUGUGGCCUUGGCUUGUUGAGGGGUGUCUGGGGUGAGGGGCGUCUGGGGUUCUGUUAGCCCAAAUCAAACCCAGCCCACAGUGGAGGCUGGCAGCCACCCCCCUCAAUUCCCCAUAGGAGACAUGGCAGGGGGGCAGGUUUCAUAAGCCAGCAGCUGGCUGGAUUUCCCUUCUCUGCCACUUCCUGUUGUUAGCAGGGGCCACUGGUGCUGGGCACUUUCGGAGAAGCUACCAUUGACCCUCCACUUUAUUUGGGAUGUGGAAAGAAGGAGGAAGAUGGUCAAGGCUGCCUCCCCCUCCCCCACCCCUAGGUUUAGCCUUUCGUUUCCGGUUGGACUUUCAUGGCUGAAAGCAGAGCCAAGCACAGGGCAACGUUUGGCAGAGGCCAAGGACAUCCUGCGCUUGUCGGUCCCUUUUUUGCCUCUACACAGGAACAAGACAAAUCCAGACGCACCCACUUUUCUCUCAGGGUAGCGGGAUUUGGGGGCUCCAAGUUCAAAGAGGACUUUGGGGAACGGAUAGGGUGGCUCUUGCAUCUGCCACUCCCCCCAACCACCACGCCUUUCUCUCCAUCCGCUCUUUCAGCUAAUUAACGGGGCUCUGGGGCCUCUUUGGCCCCCAGGGAGCCCCUUGCUGCUGCCUGGGCCUGAACCUUAACUCCUUCUCCUCUGCCCAGCGGGCACUGCCCUGGGCACAUCCAGUGCCAUCCUCUGGGUAGUUCACCCACUGAGCAAGGCAGGACCUGGCAUCUUGGGAGCAGUGAAGUCCCUGGAACAGGAAGUUAGCUUUAGCACUCCACCCCUGGGGCAGCCAGGCCAGCCAGAAGGGACACCCUCAAGAGAAUCUUCCCACUGCCUUCUGCCAAGGAGGGCCUUUGCAAACCUUGGCCAGCUGGGAGCAGGUACCUUUAAAUGCUUCCCUGGCAACCAGCUCCUCCUCCCUGGUCCCCUGAGGCCCUCAGGAGGAAGCCAGCUCAGAGGCUUUGCGUAUUCCUGGUUUCCCUGCAAAGGGAAGAUUGCAGGGAGAGUCCAGGGCUGCCUGGAAUGGAUGUGGGGUCAGGCAGCAGCCGGGGCAGUGACUCAGAGACCACCUUCCAGCUGUGGCUGCAGCUGCUCCUUUGGGCCCACCUGACUAUCCGCUUCCUGGCCUACCUGCACCACGCUUUCUGGGCCCCUAAGCCACAGCCAGCACCCUGA